AACAACGACGACCCAAUCAUGGUUUCUCGACGAAUACAUCUGUGAAGAAAGACUUUAAAAUUUUCUAAGCAAGCCAUGGAUUCAUCAUCGACGAAAUCGAAGAUCUCUCAAUCACGCAAGACGAACAACAAGUCAAACAAGAAGCAUGAUUCAAAUGGGAAACAACAAUCUAACAAGAAACAACAAGAAGACGAUGGUGUGGGUUUGAGAUCAUCAUGGAUCUGCAAGAAUGCAUCUUGUAGAGCUAAUGUACCUAAAGAUGAUUCCUUUUGCAAGAGAUGUUCUUGUUGUGUUUGCCAUGGUUUCGAUGAAAACAAAGACCCUAGUCUUUGGUUAGUUUGUGAACCUGAGAAAUCAGAUGAUGUUGAGUUCUGUGGCUUAUCGUGUCACAUUGAGUGUGCUUUUCGUGAAAACAAAGUUGGUGUUAUUGGUCUUGGGGAUUUGAUGAAGCUUGAUGGUUGUUUUUGUUGUUACUCUUGUGGCAAAGUUUCUCAAAUUCUUGGAUGUUGGAAAAAGCAGCUUGUGGCAGCAAAGGAAGCACGACGGCGUGAUGUACUGUGUUAUAGGAUAGAUUUGAGUUAUAGACUGCUCAAUGGGACUAGUCGGUUUAGUGAAUUGCAUGAGAUUGUUAGAGCUGCUAAGUCUAAGCUAGAAGAUGAAGUUGGGCCUCUUGAUGGACCUACUGCUAGAACUGAUAGGGGCAUUGUUAGUCGGCUUCCUGUUGCAGCUGAGGUACAAGAGCUCUGCACUUCUGCAAUAAAGAAGGCAGAGGAGGUUUCAGCCAAUGCAGCCAGAGAUUUAGUUCCUGCUGCGUGUAGGUUUCAUUUCGAAGAUAUUGCACCAAAACAAGUGACUCUUCGUCUGAUUGAGCUACCUAGUGCUGUAGAGUAUGAUGUUAAGGGUUACAAGUUAUGGUAUUUCAAGAAAGGAGAGACGCCUGAGGAUGAUUUAUUUGUUGAUUGCAGUAGAACUGAGAGGAGGAUGGUGAUAUCUGACCUUGAGCCUUGCACAGAGUACACAUUCCGUGUUGUCUCUUACACAGAAGCUGGUAUAUUUGGCCAUUCGAACGCUAUGUGCUUUACGAAGAGCGUUGAGAUAUUGAAACCAGUGGAUGGUAAGGAAAAGAGGAUAAUUGAUUUAGUAGGUAAUGAUCAGCCUUCAGAUAGAGAGGAGAAAAGUAGCAUUUCUUCAAGAUUCCAAAUCGGGCAACUUGGGAAGUAUGUGCAGUUGGCUGAAGCUCAGGAGGAAGGCUUGCUUGAAGCGUUUUACAAUGUAGAUACUGAGAAAAGUUGUGAGCCGCCAGAGGAAGAAUUGCCAUCUCGACGGCCGCAUGGGUUUGAUCUAAAUGUAGUUUCAGUGCCAGACUUGAAUGAGGAGUUCACUCCUCUACCUGAUUCUUCUGGAGGUGAAGACAAUGGAGUGCCGUUAAAUUCGCUUGCUGAGGCUGAUGGUGAUGAGCAUGAUAACUAUGAUGAUGAUGUGUCUAACGGUAGUCGGAAGAACAACAAUGACUGCUUGGUUAUAUCAGAUGGAAGCGGUGAUGAUACUGAAUUUGAUUUCCUCAUGACCAGGAAGAGGAAAGCAAUUUCAAACAGUAAUGACUCAGAGAACCACGAGUGUGACAGUUCGCCGAUUGAUGACACUCUUGAGAAAUGUGUGAAGGUAAUCAGGUGGCUGGAGCGUGAAGGCCACAUUGACAAAACAUUCAGGGUCAGGUUCUUGACAUGGUUCAGCAUGAGGUCAACCGCUCAGGAGCAAUCCGUUGUGAGCACAUUUGUGCAGACUCUAGAGGAUGAUCCAAGCAGUCUUGCUGGCCAGCUUCUCGAUGCAUUCGCUGAUGUUGUCUCCACCAAAAGGCCAAACAAUGGAGUAAUAAUCUCACACUGAUCAAGCUUCCCAUUGAUUCAACCACAUUCUUUUUUAGUAUGAAUAAUAUGAUUAGAACAAAAUAGUCCAUGAUUU